AUGGACUGUAAAACUCUGAAAGUAGUGAAAAAUAAGAAUGAAAUGGUGGUGAAACGGGUUCUCGUUCGAAGAGGGAGUUUAUUUAUCGGUGUGAGCUAUGUAGGAGAGAUAUGGGAGCUAGAAUUGGAUGAUAAAACAAUAGAAAACGAAUCAAUGCCCAAACAAGAAUUCGAAUUUAUUGAUUUCAUGGGACCACUAGCUGCACCUUUUUGCUUCGUUUUAUUAUUAUUUGUUUUAUCAGUCAUUAUCAAUUUCACUUGCAUAACAAAAAACGACGAUCGAACGAUUUUUGAAAAAUUCGGUUCAAAAUUCGAUCUCCGGUGCGGCGUACACAGGAUGCGACAUUGUCCAGAUAAGUCAUUGAAACGAGUUCGGCUCAUUGCAAAUGAAGACGUAAAUCAAAGCGUUUGA